UUUCAAUCCAGAACUUGAAUACCUUGUCCUACUUAUCACACCACAACUUAAAAGUUGUCCUCACAGCAACAGUCGCGUCAACAGCUUCAACUAAAGUGUAUGCGCGAUGUUGUAUAACAUGUGUGCCUAUGAUCGCAAGUUAAGCACUCUCCUAACAAGCCAAAGUCAACCAAUCCCGCGCGCAGCUAGCAGCCCAUGCUACUAUGUUCCUCCACUGCAGUGGGGCAUUCUUUCUACUGUUCUUGAGCUGUCGCGGGACAAUGUAUACUUAUAUACCAGUGUGUUAUGGCAGCGACACGCAUUGUAUACCUAUCUACUGAUAUCGAACUGUGCUGUCAUCCUGGUUGAAACUAAUCGAGGUCAAGAAAGCGCUUGAUCAAUAACCUCCAUCAGUUGAGGUAACCAAAUCCAAAAGCGGAUCUCGGUGCGCCUGUUGGGACUGUGCUGAGCUGCCAGUGUCCCCAGUCUCUUCUCAGCCGGGAAGCUGCUCCGAGCCAUUAUACGCAUGGUACGAGGGCGCUAUAAUCAGCGAUAAUCAGCUAUAACUGCAACUCGACCCAAAAAGGCAUAACACAGAAGACGGUCAGGAAGAUUCCAUCAUGUAUCGAUAAUUGGACCUGGUGACGUCGUUCUGUCUCUCUCUGCCAGUUGCUGUAUCACUGCAAGUCUCUGGCAGAGUGUGUUCUCCUUCGACUGCUACCUACCACCUAUUAUUGCACCCGACUCACCAUUCCCCUGGACACUCACCUUCGCCAAUUGUGUGACACUUCAAGUUUCUCACAAGGUGAGGUCUCAACCUGCUCUACUUCCUUUUCUCCCUCAUCUCUGGCCUCCUCCGUCUCCUCUUCUACGCGCCUGUGGUUGGAGUGUUGAUCGCUAGCAACUCCCCGCGGUGUUCCCUCUUCCUACAGAACCCCGCCGAGCAUCCGCGCCGCCAACACAGACAGCACUCAUUUAUCUGACACAAGUUGAUCAAUCAGGCCUCUCCUUUGCUACCCCUCCACUCGCUUGCGUACCGGUUCACCGACCUCUCAAUUUAUACCUACGAACAUCCAUACCGCAAGAGCUUGGGAUAGACGCAAUCACCAGUAUACUCGGAGCCCAAAGUUGACCAUCCUUCAAGAACGCAUAGCUGGGGAAUCAGCCCAGACUGUCAGCGACAUCAUGCCUAAUUCUCCAGAAGAUGUGGUCAAGAGCCUGCGUCAAGAAUACCAGGAAAACCCACCGAGUUCAACAGCGUUAGAGACCGCCGCCCCCACGAAUCCUUCCUUACAGCGUGCACCCACUUCUUACUUCUCGGUCCCUCGACGUGAGGCUCCUGAAAAGCCCGCUGAAAAGCCUCCUGCUCCGGCGCUGGAAUCUCCAGCGAAUGUGGUCAAAGGUGCCGACACAGGCAAAGAACUGCUUCGCCGCCUUAGUCUUGUCGACCACAAAGAUGCCGAGGCAUUGGAUGUCGAUCCCCGUACUGCCUACCCGUCACUGAGACUGAGCGGAAAUGUCAUCAGCGCGACCUUCUGUAUUCCUUACCAGCUCACCCAUGGACCGCAAGGAGAAUGGGGUCUCUCCAACCGCCGGGGCACCUCUGCAUUGUUCGAUUCCUUCCGUCACCUUUCGUCCGACAAGACGCCAUGGAAUCACACUCUGGUGGGAUGGACGGGUGAAAUCCAGACACAACCAGAGACUACCACAGGGAGCAUUCUAGAGGGUGAUGGCGGCGCCUCCACCCCAACUCAGUCCGCAGGCCCGACGCAAACGAAUGCUCCUAUUAACAAGUCUGCCGCGCCCUAUCCAGUGGACGGUAUGCCUAAUCAGCAAAACCCGCAUGGGGACCAUCUCCGCAUCUCCCGUGCUGAGCGGAAUCGGUUGGAGAAGAUACUUGCGCACCAUCCUAACGGCAGAGCCGUCCCGGUCUGGAUGCCGGAUACACAGUCUGACGAGAACGGAGACUUCAUUUUCAAAGACCAAAGUCGUUGGCGCAAGUACGCAGAACAUGAACUCUACACUCUGUUUCACUAUCGACAACAUGGUCCGGACGACGGCCGAGCCGAGAAGACGUCCUGGGCGGACUAUGUGCAGCUGAACCAAGCCUUUGCCGACCGCAUCCUGCACAUUUACCAGCCGGGCGAUAUAGUGUGGAUCCACGAUUACCACCUGAUGUUGCUCCCAUCUAUGCUCCGUCAACGCAUUCCCAACAUCUACAUCGGCUUCUUCCUGCACAUUCCUUUCCCCAGCAGUGAGUACAUGCGAUGUCUCCCUAGAAGGAAGGACGUCUUGACGGGGGCGCUGGGUGCCACUAUGAUUGGAUUCCAGGCAUACAGUUUCUCACGCCACUUCAACUCAUGCUGCAAACGCAUUUUGGGAUUUGAGUCCAGCUCCGCGGGCGUAGACGCUUAUGGCGCCCAUGUCGCCGUAGAUGUUUUUCCCAUUGGCAUUGACGUAAGCGCCGUGCAAAAGGCGGCAUUCAUGGAUCCGGUGAUUGAGCAGAAGAUGAAAGCAUUGAGGCAAUUAUACGCAGGCAAGAAAAUCAUCGUCGGGCGCGAUAGACUCGAUACGGUCCGAGGAGUCGCUCAAAAACUGAUGGCGUUUGAGAUUUUCUUGGAGCGGUAUCCUGAAUGGCGCGAAAAGGUAGUGCUCAUCCAAGUGACCAGUCCGACGAGCGUCAUGGAAGAGAAGGUGGACGGUGCGCACAAGAUCGAACAUCACAUUUCCAACCUAGUGUCCAGGAUCAACGGCCAAUAUGGAUCCUUGAGCCAUGCGCCUGUGCAGCAUUAUCCGCAAUAUUUAUCCUCUCAGGAGUAUUUUGCUCUCCUGCGGGUCGCAGACGCCGCGCUCAUCACCAGUGUCAGAGAUGGCAUGAACACCACCAGCCUGGAAUAUGUCAUCUGUCAAAAAGAUAACCAUGGUCCUCUGAUCUUGUCCGAAUUUUCCGGCACCGCGGCCAGCUUAGGGAACGCGAUUCAUAUCAACCCCUGGGAUUUGGUAGGCGUGGCUCGGGCACUGAAGUAUGCGCUCGAAAUGCCAGAGGAAAAGAAGAAGAGCGACCACGAGAAGCUUUACAACUACGCGACUACACACACCGUUGCGACCUGGACAAACAACUUCCUCAAACGACUCCUCACCAACCUUACCUCCUUCAGCCAGAACGAUCUUACGCCUGCUCUGGAUCGUAACCUGAUGAUCCAGCAGUACAACAAAGCCCAGAAGCGCCUGUUCAUGUUCGACUACGAUGGCACCUUGACCCCGAUCGUCAAGGAUCCCAACGCCGCCAUUCCGUCUGACAAGGUGCUCCGGACCCUCAAGGCGUUGGCCGCCGACCCUCGCAACAAUGUCUGGAUCAUUAGUGGUCGAGAUGCAUCUUUCCUAGAAGAGUGGAUGGGCCACAUCACUGAAUUGGGCUUGAGCGCUGAACACGGUUGCUUCAUGCGCCGUCCAGGCUCCGAACAAUGGGAAAACCUGGCUGCUUCCAUGGACAUGGGGUGGCAGAAAGAGGUCAUGGAUAUUUUCAGUUACUACACCGAGAGAACCCAAGGUUCUUGGAUCGAAAAGAAACGCGUGGCUCUCACUUGGCACUAUCGCCAGGCCGAUCCCGACUUUGGAGAAUUCCAGGCCAAAGAAUGUCGGAAGGCCCUGGAGGAGAACGUCAUGAAAAACUGGGAUGUGGAGGUGAUGGCGGGGAAGGCGAAUUUGGAAGUCCGGCCUCAGUUUGUCAACAAGGGAUAUAUUGCCACACGACUGAUCAACGAGUACGGAUAUGCUGGCGGGAACCCGCCUGACUUCGUACUCUGCCUGGGAGAUGAUCAGACCGACGAAGAUAUGUUCCGUGCACUCCUGAAGACCAACCUUCCCAAAGAAAACGUCUUCGCAUGCACUGUCGGGGCGAGCAGCAAGCGGACGUUGGCCACCUGGCAUCUCCUUGAGCCUAGCGAUGUCAUUGCUAGUAUCGCGGCCUUGAUCAAGCAGGAGAACUUGUAAGUGCCGGACUAGAUUUUUGGACGAAUACAGUGGCAGGAGGAUGAUGGUAGAUAUUGGGAUGAACAUAUCAUGGGCAUACGACAGCUGUAACGUGGAAUGCAGGCGGUAAGGCAAUACCGCACGAUAGAUUGACGUACAGGACGAGCUAGCGGGCAACGCACUCUGUUAUGAUCGUCAACGACAGUCAGGUUUUCGACCUGGAUGCCGCGAAAAUGCUCGCCUGGAUACAAGAAGUGCCGCCGAUCUUGGGCGAACGUGGAUGGGCCUGACCGCAGGCUGAUCCUGGUUGAAAUCGACCAACGAGUCCACUUUUUGUAAUAUAAUGGUGAGCGGCGGCAUAUGACGCUAGAAAAAGUUCAAUGCCAACUGCGGAUAGACCUUUGCUUUUGUCGUACUUGUACAGUUGUAUAGACUUUUAGACUGGAUUGCCAAUGGCGAAGAGAACAUAUGAAGGA